AUGGCGUGCAAAGCCGUAAUCCUCUCCCUCGCAGCGGGUGCCGCAGCUCUGGAGCCAUUCGUCCCCCCAAUCGCCGUGCAGGAUGUGAUGCAGGCCUCCUUGCCGAAUGUGGUUGACAUUCACUACGACGUACCGCAGGGAUUCUCCGCAGAUAUGACCGCCAUCGCCGACUCGGCGGCGCGUUCCACAUUGUACGGGCGUACUUCGUUUCUGAAAAAAGGCACGACAGACGUUUACUACGAAAAGCCUGCGUCGCCAUCCGCUCUGGAAGCUAGCUACCAGGCAAUCCUAUCUCAAGUGAAAGCCAACAUCAAGGCAAAGUUUGACGCAAUGUCCGGUGCCUCGUUUCUUAGUGCUGCCCCGUCCGUGAAUGUCUUUGUGGGAGAGGGAAAAGGCAUGAACGUCGACAUGGCACGAUUAACGAUGGAUGCCUACGCAUAUGCUGGUGAGCUUAUGGCCGGUGCUCGGACGAGUUUCUUGGCCGGAGACGACGUGCCACACCCGCUCCCGGUACUCAACAUUGAUGUGACAACUCCAGCAUUCGUCUCUUCUGAGGCGAUGACGCAGUCCCAAGCAGAAGCUGCGGCAAUCGCAAAACUCCAAAGUGAGUUGGCCGGCUUGAGCCACUAG